AUGGGGCGGGCUACGGAUGUCAUUCAGAAAGUCCAAGCCGGACCAUGGUCUGCUGAAAACAAAGUUGCGCUCACGCAGAGCGUCAACGAGGCUUUUCUGAAGGGCGGAAGCAAGAAGACGUCAUGCCGUGAGAAGCAAACCUGCUUCAAUUUUGGGGCAUACUUGACGAAGAAGGAUCUCGAGCAGCUGAGGGGACAGAGUGCUGCAGCCAUGAAGUUGGACAUCGUGACCAAUCGGAUGGUUCGCAUUGGGCUUCACUUGCCAACAGAGCAGACCAGCGGCCACAUCCUGCAGACUGCAGCGGCAUGUGGCCUCCAGUUGCAGGUGGGCAAGCAGUCUGUUGAGAUGCUGGGCUCCAUGAAGAAGAUGUUGAAGUCCAAGGUCAAGAAGCUGAAGGCUCAAGAUGGCGCUGGUCAACUCCAGAAGAUUGAGCAUGUGGUGAAAUAUCCGAGCGAGCCUUCGGCUUCAAUGAUCGAGAGCCUGUACGACCAGGACGACAAGCCAGAAAAGUUGGAUGGCCAGGUGUGUCAGAGUGCAGAAGCAACGUGCGCCGGCUCACAGCCAAUGGGGAACAUGCAACCACAGAUGAUGGAGAUGUUCCAGAUGUUCCAAACGUUCCAGCAGAUGCAGCACAUGGUGAACCAGGCGGGCGGCAGUGGCAGCAGUGGCAGUCAGCAGAAGACUGAAGAGGGAUUGGCAGGUCUUCAGAUCUUUAGUGACGGAAAAGGGAAGAAGCGUGAAUUUGCCACUCCUCCCAGUGCUGCAAAGAUUGGAGAUUCACCACCUUCAAACGAUCCCAAACGCAGUGACAGUCAAGAGGAGUCGAGAGAGAAGGCACCAGCAGUUCUCUCACUUCCACACUUGCCUCCUCCGCUUCCAGUGGAAGAGCAGGCAGCUUUGAGCAAAGCCAAGAGCAAAGCCAAAGCUACAAGCAAAAAGAAUGCCACGCGUGAUCAUGCAGAAGCACCGGUGGCUGAGGCCGAAGAUGGCGAGGACAAGAAACCUUCCGCCAAGAAGGCGACAAAGAUGGAGGACCGGAAGAUUUGGGGCAAGGGUGAGAACCCGCCCGUGAUGGAGAAAGGUGCCAAGACCACAUACUACCGAGGUGGCAAGGUGCACCGGAAUUCUGACGCCUUUCGGGUCUUCAAACAGGCGCAAGACCGCUGCGACAGAAAAAUCAAGAUAGAUCCAAAUGAUAUCGAGGGCUGCUGGAAGAAGGCCUUGUCCGUCAUCGACGCAUUUGAAGAUGCUGAAGACGCUGUGAGAGAGCACGGCCUGCCUGAGGCAAUAUCCAGGCAGACCUUGAAAAGGACCCGAGCGUCAGCCCUGCCAAAAGAUACACCGCUGGGCCCUGUGUUCAAGGAUGUUGAGGUCACAACGCAUACAAACAACACCAUGAAGGUACCGUGCGUUUCUCCACUUCCUUUGCUUUGGCAUUCAGUCAGGUCACGCCCAUCUUUCAGUGAGUGGUUCUGGGAGAAAGCGCAGAACUCCAACAUCUCCACACCACUUCGAGUUGCUCUGUACUGUGACGAGGUCUUACCAGGCGAUGCCCUCAAGGCCACCAAUCAUAGGAAGAUGGUUUGCUGGUAUUGGACAAUCCUAGAAUACGGCCACCAUUGUUCUCGCGAAGAACUCUGGACGCAUCUCUUGACUCUGAGAACUGUCCACGUCAAGAAGAUAGCCGGCGGUUACAGCCAGCUGUUUCGUCGGGUUGUGGAACUCUUCCACACGGCCCCCUUUGAUCCCAAACUUGGCGUUUCGUUGCACUUCCAUGGUGUUGGGGACAGGUAUGUGUUUCUUAGUGUGGGCCAGCUGGUUGCAGAUGAGGUCGCACUGCGACAGGCUUGGUCCGUAAAAGGCAGCGCCGGGACGCUGUGCUGCUUAUUUUGUCAAAGCGUGUGCAACUACCAUGUAGACCUUGACUUCAACUCUCGAGGCGAACUUGUGCCUUCCUACAUCAGGAGUCUUCGCGCUGCACGACAACAUACUGAUGAGUCAGUCAAGGAAGCUGCAGUCAUGCUCAACGCGCAGCGCGCAAUUCUCAACAAGACUCAGUUUGAUGGACUUGAAAAGUCUGUGGGGCUGACGUGGUGUGAAGAAGGGGCUUUGUAUGACCCUCAGUUUUGGAACAUGGUCAAAGGACCUGUCAGCAUGACUUCAUUCGAUUGGAUGCAUUGCUACUUUGUCAACGGCAGCUGGUCGAGCGAGGCGGGACUUUUGCUAGAUGUUCUGCGGGCUGAGCAUGGGCCUGGGGGGCUGGUCCAAUACAUGGACAAUUUCCAAUGGCCUCAGAAGGUGAGCUCACGGUCUUUGACGGGGCAGAAGGCUGUUCAGGCUCACAAGUCCGGGCCUCUCUCCUGCUCAGCCAGUGAGGGACUAGCUUUGUAUCCGAUGAUCCGCAGCAUGUUGGUGGAACUCUUCCCUUCACCUACUGCAGGAUCAUCAGAUGCAAUUGGUUCCUACUUUGCGUUGUGCAAGGUUCUGGAUCUUCUUGUUGAAUCGAGGUGCCGAGGCGUUUCCCCCUUCGAGUUAAACCAGUCCAUCGAGCGGCACCUGGAGAUGCGAUUGAAGGCUUACUCGCACAAGGCUUUCCACCUUCCGCGUGCGCUUCACAAGAACAAGAUCCUUCUGUCCUGCUGGGCUUUGGAGAGGAAGCACUGGGAACUGAAGAAACAUGAAAAUGCUGCCACUAACGCUAACAAGAAGAUUUCAUGGGAGCGUGGCCUUUUGCAGGAAGCGGUGCUGACGCAGUUCUUGGAGCUUCAGAACUGGGACCCCAAGGAGGGAGUCAUCCUUACCAACCCUCAUGAGGCAUCAACUGAGUUGCUCAAUUUUGUUGUUGGCUUUUUAGGGCUGGCGCCUGCAGACCAGCUUGAAGUGUUGGUUGCCACGUCGGCCCUUUGCGACCAUGAGCAAAUUGGCAAAGGAGACGUCGUCGUCUCAAAGAUGAACUUUGUUGGCGAAGUGUGGUUUCACAUGCAUGCACGUUCCCAGCAAGUCACCGGCUUUUACACGGUGCUGUCAAAGUGGGAAAGUUUGGGCGGCAAUAGGUUCCGAGUUUGCAAUGACCCUUCGAUUGUCCUCACGACUGAACUCGUGAAGUCUUUGCCUUCCCGAAAGGAAUCUGACCUGGCCUUGGUUGCGCCAUGA